GCUGGUAACUAAAAAUUGUCCCUUCAGAAUGUGGUGGUACACACUGGAAAUACAACCCUGAAAUGGUGGGAGGCAGGAGGAUUAGAAGUUCAAGGCCAACCUCAGUUAUGAGUUUGAAGGCAGCCUUGGGUAUAAGAUAGCCUGUCUCCAAAAACCAUCGUGGCGCAUGCCUUUAAUCCUGUCACUCAUGAGGCAGAGGCAGGUGGAUCUCUCUGAGUCUGAGGCCAGCCUGGUCUACUUGGUGAGACCCUUUCUCAGAAGCAAGAAGUUCCUUGGGCAGAAGUCUUGUCCCUGUGGCCAGAUCUGCCCAGCACUGCUCGGUUUGCACCUGAGCACCCAGCUUGUAGAGCGCCCCUCACCCCCCACUGUGCCCUGACCAACUAAGGCAGUUUGGUGUCUCAACCAAUGUCCUUUUCUCUGCUUUGACCCACAGCAGGGUGGGGAGAGCCUGCCAGGGACCUGGCUCAGCCUUGAGAUUGCCAGCAGACACAACAAGGGGUGGGCACUGGGGGCAGGAGCAGAGCCAAGCAGAUACCCAGCCCCAGCCUGCCACUAGGACCCUUCAUGCUCUGAACUUAAGUACUCUUUGUCAUGGACCGCACAGUAGUGCUCAUUACCGGCUGCUCCUCCGGAAUCGGCCUGCACUUGGCUGUUCGUCUGGCUUCCGACCCAUCCCAGAGCUUCAAAGUGUAUGCCACACUGAGGGACCUGAAGGCACAGGGACCACUGUUGGAGGCAGCCCGGGCUCGAGGAUGCCCGCCUGGCUCCCUGCAGACAUUGGAACUGGAUGUCAGAGAUUCAGAAUCCGUGGCCGCUGCCCAGGCAUGUGUGACCGAGGGUCGCGUGGAUGUGCUGGUGUGUAAUGCCGGACGGGGCCUGUUCGGGCCACUGGAGGCGCAUGAGCUGGAUGCGGUUGGCGCCGUGCUGGAUGUGAAUGUGGUCGGGACGGUUCGGAUGCUGCAGGCCUUUCUGCCAGACAUGAAGAGGCGCCACUCCGGGCGUGUGCUAGUGACUGCGAGUGUAGGAGGUUUGAUGGGGCUGCCAUUCCACGAAGUCUAUUGUGCUAGCAAGUUCGCGCUCGAAGGUUUGUGCGAGAGUCUAGCGAUCCUGCUGCCACGCUUUGGAGUCCACGUGAGCCUCAUCGAGUGCGGGGCAGUGCACACGGCCUUCUAUGAGAAGCUAGAGGGCGGCCCAGGCGGGGCUCUGGAGCGUGCAGACGCCCAGACCCGCUAUCUCUUUGCGCACUACCUGCGUGGCUAUGAGCAAGCUCUGAGCGAGGCGCAGGACCCAGAGGAGGUGACGGAGCUCUUCCUGACUGCACUGCGAGCCCCGCAGCCAGCCCUGCGCUACUUCUCCACCGACCGCUUCCUGCCGCUGGCCCGAAUGCGCACAGAGGAUCCCAGUGGUAGCAGCUACGUCGCCGCCAUGCACCAGGAAGCCUUCGCUGACCUGCAGGCGCAGGAGGGUGCAGAGGCUGGCGCUGGAGUUCUAGGGGAUCCGGCCAGAGCCUCCAGCUCCUUCAUUUGUCUCCCCGGAUGCGCGACCCCUGGGGUGACAUCUGAAUUGUGCUGUCCUGCAUCGGAUAAAUAAACCGGGUCAGGACAAACCAUGUUUCCAGCAAAAGAACUAACCCUUUUUCUUAUUUUAGAAUUUGUUUUGUUUUUGACAGGGUCUCACUCUGUAGCCCUGGCUGGCCUCUUAACUCACAGAGAUCCGCCUGCCUCUACCUCCCGAGUGUUGGAAUCAAAAGGCCUGUGCAACUAACUGUGCCCUUCUCAGAAUCAUUUAAGUAGUGCAAACUCCCUCAGGAGUCAAGACUGAGGGUUAAUACGUAUAGUCAGAGGUUAAGUUUUUUUUUCUUCCAAUAAAUUUAUUUACUAUUAUUGUGCAUGAUGUGAAGGAGGACACAUUCCACUGGGGCACAGAGGACAGAGGUCAGGAGACAACUGUUCUCUCUCCCACCGUGGACUUCAAGAAUUGGAUGCAAUCUUCAGGCUUGAACUGUAAAUGCUUUAACGGAUAAGCCAGCAAGCUGGGGUAGGUUUUAACUGUCAGCAAUGAUUGGGAUCAGGCCAGUUGUGGUUGAAUCGGUGUGUUAUGUAGCCCAGGCUGGCCUUGAACCUGCUAUGGUAGCUGAGGAUGACUUUGAAAUUUAUGAUCCUCCCAAGUACUGGGGGUACAGGUUUGAGACACUAGGCUUGACUUCAAGUAUGACCUCUUUUUUGUUUGUUUGUUUGUUUUUCCGAGACAGGGUUUCUCUGUGUAGCUUUGGAGCCUAUCCUACCAGGCUGGCCUUGAACUCACAGAGAUUCGUCUGCCUCUGCCUCCUGAGUGCUGGGAUUAAAGGUGUGUGCCACCAACGCCCCAGCUUAGUGUGACCUCUUUAAAUGCACCUGAGAGUCACGUGUAUACAGUGUAUACAGAAGGUACCACCUCUAAUGCCAGCACUCUACAGGUGAAGGCAAGAGGACUAGGCCAGUUUGGCCUGCUGGAGUCUCUUAAGGAGAGGGAGGUGGAGAGGUAGCUCAGUGGUUAGGAGCACUGGCUGCUGUUCAGUUCUUGGCACCCACAUGGUGACUCACAACUGCCCAUAACUCCAACUCCAGGGGAUCUGAUGCUCUCUUCUGGUCCCAGUUGGCACCAGCCAUGCAUGUGGUACACAGACAUACAUCUGGGCAUAUAUACAUAAUAAUUUUAAACACCUGGUAGGUAGUAUCCCUGUAGUUUCAGAAUCUGAGAGGUAAAGGCAAGAGGGUCAGAAAUUGAAAAUCAUGCCUGGUGCUGGUGGCGGUGCACGCCUUUAAUCCCAGCACUCAGGAGGCAGAGGCAGACAGAUCUCUGUGAGUUCAAGGCCAGCCUGGUCUACAAAGCAAGUUCCAGGACAGGUUCCAAAGUCAUAGACAGGUUCCAAAGUCAAAGUCAAAUUUUUGUUUGUCUCAAACAAACAAAAAACGAAAAAAGAAAUUCAAGAUCAUCCCUCCACUGCAUAGUAAACUGAAGAGCAACUUGGGAAACAAGGGACACUGUCUCCAAAAGAGAAGCCAAAACACACACCAUACAUGCUGGGAGCCAGAGUCCGACCAAUGUCUGUGAGUUGGAGGUCAGCCUGGUCUACACCAUAAGUUCCAGACCAGCCAGUACUACAUAGUAAAACCCUGUCUAAAAAAAACAAAAAAGGUCUAAUUGUAUUUGCUUAAAGCACCCUUGCCUGGACAGAGCUUGAUCCCUCACCUCCAUCUCAGUAAAAUCUAAUGUUGUACCCUAA